UUGUUCUGCCUGCACUACUUGCAGCGUGCGUUUGUUUACCCGUGGCUCACGCGCGGGCGGCCGUACCCCACCCUGUACUGGGCGCUGGCACUCGUCUUCACAAGCGUCAACGGAACGCUGCAGUCACUCGAGCUCCUGUUCGGCGGCUACUACUCGGGUAUGCAGGAUGCGUUGAGCCCUUGCGCCCUCGCCGGCUCGGCUCUGUUCGCAUUUGGCAUGGCCACCAACGUCCACUCGGACUACAUCUUGCGCAACCUGCGCCGACCGGGCGAGACAGGCUACAAGAUUCCGCAAGGCGGCAUGUUUGAGUACAUAUCCGGCGCAAACUUGUGGGGCGAGGUGGUGGAGUGGCUCGGCUUUGCCAUCGCGACGCAGACGCCCGGCGCGGCGGUGUUCUCGCUCUUCUGCCUCGUCGGGAUUGGCGGCCGCUGCGUGGCCACUCACGGCUGGUACCUCCGAAAAUUUGGCGAUGCGUACCCGCAGCAGCGCCGACGCAUGAUCCCUUUUGUCUGG